AUGUUUCGCGUCCAUCCUAUAACUUUUACGGCUUCUGCAUUGAGCGGUUUUGUGCUGUUUGUAUGCCUUAUUGCAAUGGUGUAUAUUAAGCAGGAUGUUCAGGACGCUUACAGAUCACUGGAUACUGAAAUGCAUUACUUCAAAGUGAUCACUGAUGAUUUAUGGGAUGACCUGGUAAUACUUGGGCAAAAUCCUUCAAAACUGCGCCGAAGACGGCGCGAUGGGAAGGAUUUAGAAAGUACUCAUCAAUAUGGAGAUCAGCUCACUGAAACCUCCCACAGCAAAGCACCACCAACUACUGGUAAAAGUGACAACUGGCGCGAUUCCCUUAAAUCCAGUUCUUCUGUUUCACCUUCCAAAGGAGUAGAUCAGUUUUUCAAGCCGGUUACCGGUUCAGUCCUUCGCAAUAUAGAUGGCAAGCAGAGAGCAAAAGGUUUUCCGCCAAGUGGACCGCAAUUAUCCGAUAUUUGCAGCAAGUUUAAUUUCAAAUGUGCUAGAGAAAACUCAUGUCCAGCUGGAUUACCAGGCCCUAAGGGUCCACCGGGACAUGCUGGAUUAAAUGGUAUACCUGGCACUAAUGGUCAACCUGGCAAGGAUGCUGAAAAUAUGUCACCGCUUCACAAUGAAGCGCCAUGCUACUACUGUCCUCGAGGGCUGCCUGGAAUUCCAGGAGCGGUUGGAAAGCCGGGCUUAAGAGGAAUCGCAGGAGCAAAAGGUCGAAACGGAGUUCCUGGGAGAAAUGGACAACCAGGACCACCUGGUGAACCUGGAACGGCAGGAUCUGUAGGUAAAGAUGGUGAAAUGGGUCCGCCAGGCUCUAAAGGUUCAGACAUGCAUCAUUUAGUUGGCCGUCCUGGUUUGAGAGGAUCAAGGGGACCAUUAGGACCAGCAGGACCACCUGGAGAAAAAGGUGCUGAGGGACAAACUGGUAAAGCUGGUCCGCAAGGUCCACCAGGAAAUUCUGGGCCUGCUGGCCCACCUGGUCCUCAAGGACCAACGGGAUCUGAAGGCGAUGAAGGAAGGCCUGGAAAAGAUGCCGAGUACUGUCCAUGUCCAGCUCGACGAUCCAACAUCAUGCAUCACCGGAGCAAAGAACACAAAGCAACAUCGACGUUGUACAACUACGAUGACAAUGACAGGAAGUCGAUCAGCAGUGACUCUGCUUACAAGAAACUAUAA